GGCGGAGGCGGGGCCGGGAGCUCGGGGCCGCGCCCGCCGGGUCGCGCCGGGGCUGGAGCCGGGUGGGAGCCGCUGCUGGAGCGGCCGGGGGCGCCGGGAGCCCGAGCUGGAGCGCAGGCCCGAGCGGGACCGAGCGGAGCUCGGCGGCCGGAGCGCGGCUCGGCGUGUGGUUGUCAGGGCCCGGCUACGGUGGGAGGGUGCCGGCCGCGACCCCCGCAGACGUGCGCGCGGGAACCCCGAUCGCCCCUGCGGGGCCUGGGCAUAGCCUCAGCCCGCGCGGGGAGGGGUGGUCCCGGGAUCUGGAUGGACGAGGACGAGGAAGGAGGCUCCAUCUCCGAGCUCAGCGUGAGCACGAGCCGGGAGACCAGUGGAGGCUGCACCUGGCGCCGGCCAGCGCUGUCCCGAGCGUCGUAGGCCGGACUCGGCACCGGCUUUGGCAUCUCAGUCGCCGCGACCCGGAGCUUGGCCAUACGUUCCUUCCGGGAGAGGAGGAACGGCAUCUGGAGGAGGACCAGACACCUGAGCCGGCCCCGACGCGAGGCACUUUGGUGGCCCAAAGCUGAUCCCUGGAGAGCCACCGGCCUUCUGACCUGUCCGCCCUGUACGGAUGUGCCGCUGCCCGUUGGAGCACCAUGACGGCGGGAUGACCUCGCAGGAGGCAGUGGCAAUGUCUGGCCGGGCUGGGGUGGCUGGGUCCCCGGAAUGGCCCCCCAACGCCCCCCAGGCCCUUGGGUGGCCAGGCCGGGCCCGGGUGGCCGUCGCAGCCCUGGUGUGGCUGCUGGCAGGAGCCAGCAUGUCAAGCCUCAACAAGUGGAUUUUCACGGUGCACGGCUUCGGGCGGCCCUUGCUGUUGUCGGCGCUGCACAUGCUGGCCGCGGCGCUGGCCUGCCACCGGAGGGCACGCCGCCCCAUGCCCGGCCAGACGCGCCGUCAGGUACUGCUUCUCAGCCUCACCUUUGGCACGUCCAUGGCCUGUGGCAACGUGGGCCUGAGCACCGUGCCCCUGGACCUGGCCCAGCUGGCCACCACGACCACCCCGCUCAUCACGCUGGCCCUCUCGGCGCUGCUCCUGGGCCGCCGCCACCACCCGCUGCAGUUUGUGGCCAUGGGCCCGCUCUGCCUGGGGGCCGCAUGCAGCCUGGCCGGGGAGCUCCGGGCGCCCCCCGCGGGCUGCGGAUUCCUGCUGGUGGCCACCUGCCUCCGGGGCCUCAAGUCCAUUCAGCAGAGUGCCCUGCUGCAGGAGGAGAGACUGGACGCGGUGACAUUACUCUAUGCCACCUCCCUGCCUAGCUUCUGCCUGCUGGCAGGUGCAGCCCUGGUGUUGGAGACGGGCGUGGCCGCCCCACCCGUACCCGCAGACUCCCGGCUCUGGGCCUGCAUCCUGCUCAGCUGCCUCCUGUCCGUGCUCUACAACCUGGCCAGCUUCUCCCUGCUGGCCCUCACCUCCGCCCUCACCGUGCACGUCCUCGGCAAUCUCACGGUUGUGGGCAACCUCGUCCUGUCCCGGUUCCUGUUUGGGAGCCGCCUGAGCACCCUCAGCUACGCGGGCAUCGCCCUCACCCUCUCGGGAAUGUUCCUCUAUCACAACUGCGAGUUCGUGGCCUCCUGGGCUACCCGAAAGGGUUUGUGGCGGAGGGACGGGCCGGACAAAGGACUUUAAGAUCUGGGAGAGCGCCUGGGCCAGCCCUGGUCGGAAUCCGACCGUGGCGGGUGGCCAGGGGAAAAGGAGAGAGAAAAGGCAGUCGCUAGGCCAGGGCCAGCGGCCGGAAAAGACCCUCUAGAGGCUUCAACAGGGACCCCCAAAGGCCCAUCUGUCCCUGCCUGUGGCUCCUUAUCACGUGUCCCCCUCGCCACUGAAUGGCGGGGCCACACCUGAACUCUGGAGGCACUGAUGGGGACUGCAUGGAGCUCGCGGGCCAGACGCUGCGAACCUGUGUUCUGAUAACCUCGACUACGACGAAGACGCCGAUGAUGAGGAGUCUUGGCAGUUGCACAAUCCUUCCUCUGGGAAGUGGGGGAGGCAGCUAGGGGGCCCAGGGAAGGGCUUCUUCGCAGCGGGGCAUUCCCCACCUGGACUUUGGGGAUUGUCUGUGCCAAAUCCAGGCAGCUGCAGUGGCCUCACCCCUGGGACUUCCCCUUGAUGGGUCUUCCAUCCUCAAAUAAACUAUUUUUGCUUGUA